CACAAUUUCUACACAAAUUGUCCACAAAAUAUUAAGAAAUAGAUCGUGUGCAUCGCUUGUGAACCUCGCCAAGCAUCAUCAUAAUAAUCCUCGGCGACGUCUAGAAGGCAGCGUGUCUCCAUGCUUUCGUCUUCAAGCAAGUUUAUUGCAAAUCAUCUGGUACAUCAAAUGGUGCCCUGAUGCCGCCGUAUUACUUUCAUCUGCGACUUGAGCUGUACGCGACACCAGCGCCGAACGUUGGUCGGCAUUCAUCAGUUGUGCUUGCCACCGAAGCCGACGUCUUCUUGCCUCACGCUGGAUCCGACAUAUUCAAGACCGUCUUUCCGGCGCACAAGACUGUCAAGUGGAAAUCCCAAGAUCAAAUAAAUGCUAGUGGAGUGUUUGAAAGUCGAAGCUCGCCGCAUCGCUCAGUGACUUCAUCUGCUCAUACACACCUGCCUGUCGAACAGAGCGAGCCGCAUGGCAAUGCUCUUUUGCUUCCGGAACGUAGUCUGAACCUUCGAAAAGACAUACCGCCGUCUCCUCGUGCUCGAUCACACAAGCCGUCCAACUCACUUGCGGCUACCGACUGGCGGUACGACUGCGUCAUUAUCGAGUGCAUCACUAUGGAGAACCUGAAAGGCUCAAGUUCUGCCAGCGGUGGCCUGCAUACCAAAGCUGUGUAUGUUCCGUCCGAGACAACCACGACAAGUGUAGGUUAUGGUAUCGUGCACCUGUAUCGUGAUAUUGAUGAGGCGCCGUCAUUAGAUGAGAUCGCUUCAGCACGAAAGCAAAAUGGGAAGAGUACACAUGGAAACGUAGAUGAGCAGGCCACCAAACAAAAGCAAGAUUGCUCUACAGUUUGCAUACUGGCAGUUCCGUCCUGGAUGUUACCGUCCGACUUGCUCGGAUUCGUCGGCGAUCAGGCUCGUGAAGAUGUGUCACAUUUCAGGUUGAUCCGCACCGGCAGAGCGAACAAGUACAUGGUUCUCAUGAAGUUCCGCUCCAGCAAGAAGGCACGGGAUUGGCAAAAAGCGAAUAAUGGUCGAGUUUUCAGUGCGGCCGAGCCGGAGAACUGCCAUGUGGUCUUCAUUGAAUCGGUGGAGUUCGUCUCGCCUGAUGCUGAUUUGAAUCUGUCGAAAUUUCCGCACAACACAAAUGAUCCCUUUACCCAAGCCUCACAAACUGGAACGGGCAAGCAGAGCCUUUCGAGCAAACCUUGGGCACCGCCGCCUCCAAAUCUCCUCGAACUUCCCACCUGUCCAGUAUGUCUGGAGCGAAUGGACGAAACGACCGGUCUAUUGACAAUCUUAUGCCAACAUGUUUUCCAUUGUGCCUGUUUGGAGAAAUGGCGAGGAUCAGGAUGUCCAGUUUGCAGAUAUACUCACUCUCCUUCCUUCACCUUUCCCUACCCACGACCUCAGGACGGCACAGAUGGAGAGAGGGAACAAGUAGAAACUCUAUGUUCCGUCUGCGCCACAGACGCAAAUCUCUGGAUCUGUCUCAUAUGCGGCAAUAUCGGUUGCGGUCGUUACGAUGCAGCUCAUGCCUACGCGCACUACGAGGCCACAAGCCAUUGUUAUGCCAUGGAUAUAUCAUCUCAACACGUUUGGGAUUAUGCAGGCGAUGGGUACGUGCACCGCUUGAUACAAAACAAAGCCACCACGGAAUUAUCUGCAAAGAGUGGACCUGGGGACUUGCCCAUACGCAGCAGACAUGAGAACGAGGCCUUCCGAUCAGAAGCAGGCGAUAGCGUGCCUCGGGAGAAGAUGGAGAACAUGGCUAACGAAUAUGCCUAUCUCCUGACAUCGCAACUCGAGGGCCAACGGCGAUACUUCGAGGAACAAGUCGAGCGGGCGGUCGACAAGGCUGCAGAAGCCAUUGCUCGCGCCGAAGAAGCUAAAUCCAAAACUUCCCGCGCCCUCGCCGAGUGUGAAAACCUUCGUUCCGCGCAACAGGAAAUGUCAGAGUCACUCGCGCGCGCAGAAAAGGCCGUGGAAAAGUCCGAAACCAGCCGCAUCAAAUUCGAGCGAAUGGCUCGAGACAUGUCGUCGAAACUGCGCGAAGAGCGGACGAUGAACGAAGGACUCCUCGCGCGGAUCAAAGUCGCCGAUCAGAAGGCCGAGACAGCCCAUGCUGAAGCGGAGGCCGCGAAGUUGGAGAAGAAAGAGCUGGAGGAGAUGAAUCACGAUCUCACCAUAUUCAUCUCCAGUCAGGAAAAGGUCAAGGAGCUUCAAGCACAAGGCGAAGAUGUUAUGGAGGGAUCUGUCUCGGUGCCGGAGCCUGUGAAGAAGGGAAAAGGAAAGGGCAGGAAGAAGUAGACUGCAAGCCGAGAAUUGGAAAGGAAGGAGCAUUAUUGAUGGGAGUUUUACAAUCAAAGAAUUUCCAACCAUGUAACCAUGUAGCAAAUCUUUCGUCGGAGAGCCGAGCUGGAAGUUUGGAAAUGGUGCCCUCUGUUAGUCAGGCACUGAGAUCUGAAGCUUGAGGAUGAGACUUUUCAAUGUUAUGUAACGCACGAGGAGUGACGUUUUCCUGGCUAUGUAAUUUAUAUCCCCUGAUAUCUGCAUCGGCAGGACCUCACAUGUUUUUCGAAAUCUUUCAACGCCUUCAGCCCAGUCUUGCUACAAAAGCUUUCCACUAGAAAUUCAGAAUCUGUACCCAACAUGCGCAAGGUAGGCGCUCCGCUUUGCUCCAAAUCUCCAGCCCCAAUA